CUGAAGGGCUUGAUCCGCUACCUUAGACAAGAUGGCCGAGGAGACGGCUUAUCUGUUCCCUGUCGUAGUGGAGGGGAAUUGGGGCAAAACUUUAUCCAAAAGUCUGAAGAACAAGCUGCUGUGUUACUUACAGAGUCCGAAGAGAUCCGGAGGAGGGGAAUGUAAAGUCUGCGUCGAACCCGGCGAAGAGGAGCAGAUUACGGUGUUUUUUACGCAUGAGGAAGUGAGGCAGAGAGUUCUUAGCAUGAAGAACCAUGAACUUGAUCUUCCAGAUAAAAAGAAACUAAAGCUAACGAUCUCCCUGCCUAUAGAGACAGCAGCAACCGCAACAGUUGAAAGUGAUGCCAUGACAAAACCAAAUUCAAAUCAGGGACUUGUGCAAACUAAAGCACCCCAACAGCCAGCCUGGCCAAAGGAUGCAGCAGGAACAUUGCUGACCCAGGACUUCAGUGUGAUGGUGGAGACAGCUGCAGGAGAGAAAAUUGAGAAUGAAAUUGUGGAGAUGUACUUUGAAAAUAAGAAGCGCUCUGGUGGGGGCACAAUUAAGUCCUGUGUUAAAGAUGGAGAACAAUUUAUCAUCACCUUUGAAGAUAAAGCAGAUGCUCAAGAGGUUUUGCAGAGAAAGAAUCACAUGAUCAAGAAAAUAGCCCUUCGUGUUAGAAGAUAUGGGCAGGCAGCAGCUCGGGAUCAGCCACAAAUGCUGGCUUCUCCAGUUCUUCUUGAGAAUGUGCGAGAGACCAUACAGCUCUGCAUGCUCAUCCUGUUGGUGGAGAAUGUCAGUGGCUUAUCGGAAGAAGAUGAGGACUUCAGUGUGGAAAUGAUCCCUGCGAGAGAUGCUGCAGUAGUCACUUUCCUCAAACCCAUUGACACAGACAGUUUCAUCAAAAAAUUCAACGAGCACCGUAAGGCGAAGCAGUUGGAUAUUUCUGCGCAUGCCCUGGAAGUGACUAAAAGAAUUCUGGUUGAAAACAUCCCAUCUGACAUUUCUAGAGACUUCAUUGAUAUGCAUUUUGAAAGCAAGAAGUAUGGAGGUGGGCCAGUAUUGGAUAUCAACUACCUUCCUGAGAGGCAUUCUGCUCUGAUUACCUUUCAUGAUAGCAAAGAAGUAAAUACCAUCUUGGAACGGAAACAUUUCUUUAACAACACACGAGUUCAGGUUUACCCUUAUUAUGAGUCUUUGGGAAUAGCCUUGUAUGGGAAGGAGAAACCACCAGUUAAAUUGCCAGUCCCAACCAAUAUAGCCAUAGAUCCCUACCAAUGGCAAUUUUUACAGCGAAAUCCAUUGCUCCUUGAAGAAAUAAGCCAUGAAAUGUUAGACUGCUAUUGUCAGAUUGAAUGGCCUUCUAGGCACUCUCCAUGUCCAGAAAUCACGAUGCAUCCUUUGCAAGCCUUGUUGGAGCAAAAUGGAUCCUUGGCCAAGACCUGGAAUGAAAAUGUUUCUAGCCGGCUUAAGCAGAGCCUAUCAAAGCAAAAGGUUGUCAAGUUCAACGUGAAUGCUGUGGUGUGGGAAGCCAUACAAAACAGUGCAAUAAAAGAGGAUGUUUUCAUCUUACCAGAUAUUGCCAAGGAAAUAGUUGUCUUGAUAGGGCCAGCAGAAGCAGUAGAACGUGCAGAGCAAGAAAUGAAUGUACUCAGAGAAAAUGCUAUUAAAAAGCUUGAAAGAGAGAGGCAAACAGUGAUGGAAACUCUGACAGUUGUUGCUGGAAAGUAUACUAUUUUAUGUAAUUGUGGACUACUGGACAGAAUCUGCUCAAAAUACCCGGAUCUGAAGAUUGCCUAUGAUUCCGCCAAAGAGUGUAUAACUCUGUCUGGUGUAGCCACUGAAGUUUUUAAACUAAAAAGUGAAAUUCUUGAAAUGCUAUACAGCAUGGUCCAGAAAACUGUUGGCCUUCAUCCUAACAUUUUCCUCUUCCUGCAGCAAGUAGAUAAUACACAACUGUCUCAACUCCUGUUUUGGGCCAGAAAAAUUAAUGCUUUCUAUGAACUCAAGCAGGAGGCAGUUCUGUUAAUUGGAAGAGAUCCUCAGGAUCUUCUAGCAGCUGAGGACGGAAUAAAGAAUGGUCUGACCUACAGAUGUAUUGCCCUGAAAGACAAUUCAGUCAUCAGAAAGAGAGAGUGGAGGGAACUGACUGAUACCUUGUACAAAGCCCAUAAUUGUUCAAGUGCAACCGUUAUCAUUCAAGAACUGGAGGAUGAAAUAGUCAUUGCUGGUUGUUCCGAAGAAGUGGCCAGUGCCAGUCGGAAACUCUCUGAUUUUGUGGUUAGCAACGCAUACAUACAAGAAGCUCUCAAGACUAAGUCUGCAGUAGUUCCAAUUUAUGUAAAGCAGGAGAAGCAGAAUCAUUGGCUUGAUAUAAGGAGGCGGGGAGUAAAAAUCCAUUUUGGCACAAUGAAAAAUUGCAAGCUGAUUUCUCUUGAAGGACCACAAGUAGAAGUGCUGAAGGGAUGUGAGAUCCUUCAGAACAUUGUGUCUUCUUUAUGUACCACUUGCAUAGUAAUUGAACGACCUGGUGCCAAAGCAUUCUUCAAAGAACAAGAACACUUGUAUGUUACUGGAGCAAAGGAAAGGUUUAACUGCUUGAUCAGGGUUCAAGAAAGCAAUGAAGAUGAUGAAAAUGAAGGUGAAGAGGGGCACACCCCUGCAGAGAAAGCGAGGCUGUACUGCGAAAUCAAGCUGAAAGAUGGCAUUGUAGUGACGCUUCAUAAGGGAAACCUGAGCUGCUUUCCAGCUGAUGUGGUAGUGAAUGCUGCAAAUGGAGAACUAAAGCACAUCGGUGGCCUUGCAGCUGUACUCUCAAAAGCAGCUGGUCCACAGCUCCAAAAAGAGUGUGAUGACCAUGUGAGAAUACAUGGAAGUUUGAGACCUGGCUGUGCAGUGAUUACAGGUGCGGGGAACCUGCCAUGUAAGCAGGUGAUCCAUGCUGUUGGGCCGAGGUGGGACAAUUCUGAAAAAGAGACAUGCAUACGUCUCUUAAAGAAAGCUGUAAGGGAAAGUUUAUGUCUGGCAGACACUUGUAAUCAUCGCUCCAUAGCCAUCCCUGCCAUUAGUGCUGGUAUUUUUGGAUUCCCACUAAAAGAGUGUGCCCGUUCCAUUGUAACAGCCAUCAAGGAAGUGUUAGAAGAAUCUUCUGGCGAUGGAUGCCUGAAACAGAUAUGCCUUGUGGACUCUAAUGAAAAAACUGUUCAGGCUCUCUCUGAAGCCUUGAAAGAAGUGUUAGUAGAUGGAUCGUCACCAUCAAAACAGACCUCUGUCACCAUAACCAAGAACCUUACUGCAGAGAGUGGACCAGGGUAUCAAGAGUUAACUACUCCCGAAGGCCUGAAAAUAGUUCUGCAGAUAAAGGGAAUUGAAGAUGCCACAACAGAUGUUAUCGUUAAUACUGUUGGCAGAGAUCUGGCACUUGCCAGCAGCCCUCUCUCCUGUGCUCUUCUGGCCAAAGCAGGAGCAAAACUUCAGGCGGAAUUAACCGAACAAGGCCGAAGGACAGUCGUUCGGGACGCUUGUGUGCUUAAAACGAAAGGCUACGCUCUGGGCUGCUCUCAUGUGCUACACGCCGUCUUGCCCUUAUGGAGUCAACACUCUGGAUGUAAGAUCUUGGAAGGUGUUAUUGAAGAAUGUUUGAAAAUCACGGAAGAACUCUCUUUGAAUUCCAUCACUUUCCCAGCAAUUGGUACGGGUAACUUAGAUUAUCCCAAAUACCUUGUUGCUAAAGUGAUGUUUGAUGAGCUGUUCAGAUUCAGUCAGAAGAAAAAUCCAAGGUCCCUUCAAGAAGUUCACUUGGUACUGCAUCAAAGCAAUGUAAAUACUAUCAAGGUGUUUACAGAUGAAUUAAACAGUAGGCUGAAUAUAAGCCAAAGCAGCCCUUCUGGAUCCAGGACUGUACCUGAGAGUUCUCAGCAGCAAGAGCAAACUUUCCCUGGACAAAUUUCAUCUCCAGUGUUUGGAGUGUAUGAAAUGCAACUUGGUCCAGUUACGUUGCAUGUCAAAUAUGGAGAUAUCACCCAAGAAACCACAGAUGCUAUAGUGAACAUAACCAAUGAAACAUUUAACCUUAGAAAUGGUGUUUCCAAAGCAAUUCUGAAUGGAGCUGGACCAGAAAUGGCAAAGGAAUGUGAACAGCUAGCCUCCCACACUCGUCAGAAGCUCAUAUGCACAAAAGGGGGAAACUUAAAUUGUAAAAAUGUCAUCCAUCUUGUGGCUGAUUCGGACACCAAAGCACAAGUCUUCAGAGCUCUCAAGGAAUGUGAACACCGGAAGUUCAGCUCAGUUGCCUUUCCUGCAAUUGGGACAGGUAAUGCGAGACGUGAUCCAGUUAUAGUUGCUGAUGACAUGAUAGAUGCCAUCAUAGACUUUGCAAGCAAAACCUCUGCCCCAGUGGUGAAACAUAUCAAAAUCAUAAUUUUCCAGACAUUUUUAUUAGAUAUAUUUCACACAAGCAUGCAAAGAAAAGAAGUGGCAUCUGGCAGAUUUGGCACACAGAUGUUGAAAAAAAUCUUCCAUAAAAUAACAGGAUACUUUAUUCCCAAGAAACCUGCAGAAGAACUAAAAUCUGACUUGCUUUUGGAGACAGUAGUAGAACCGACCAUUUUUCAGAUUUGUGGUGAGAGCAAGAAAAAUGUGGAAGAUACAGCAUCUUGGUUGAAAAGUCUGAUUUUAAAUGGCCAGAGUGAAAACUCUUUCAUAGAUGAAUGUAUCUCACAUUUUGGCGAAAGUGAGUAUAAGAGAUUGCACGAUAUCCAGAGAAAGCUGCAUAUUGCUAUUAAACUCAAAUGGGAAGCUCCCUCGCCUUCCCUCCAUAUACAGGGUGUAACCAAAGAUGUCUUGAAGGCCAGUACAGAAAUUCAGACGAUGAUCAAGAGGAUCCAACAGGGCAAAGAAGAGCAAUCUAGGGCAGAUCUUCUCAGCAACUUGGUUGAGUGGAAGUAUGAGGACAAUGGAGAAUUCAAAGCCUUUGAUCCUCUGGCCAAUAUGCACAUAGAAUAUGCAGUGCAAGCACAAACGCAGCAUGAAAUAACCAUAAAUAACAAACGCUACAGAGUGGAUUCAAGCAAUAUGUGUGCAGUGGGUGACCAGGGGGCAAGAAUUUCUCUUCAGCGUAUCCCAAAAGCAGAGGUUGUUGAAUAUCCUGAAGAGUGGGAACCCAUGGAACAAAUGCUCACCAAAGUGGUGGAGCUGCGGCCAGAAAUGAAGGAAUAUGAAAAGGUCCAGCAGUUGUUUAGUAGAAGUUGCAAAUUCACUAUUGAAAAGAUAGAGAGAAUCCAAAAUCCUUACUUCUGGCAGGCAUACCAGAUAAAAAAGCAGGAGAUGGAUGCCAAAAAUGGCAGCAGAAAUAAUGAGAGGAGACUUUUUCAUGGAACAGCAAGUUCAUCAUUAAACUUGAUAAAUAACAAGGGGUUUAAUCGGAGUUAUGCUGGAAUGCAUGCUGCUGCAUAUGGAAAUGGAACCUAUUUUGCUGUUGAGGCCAACUAUUCUGCCCAUGAUACCUAUUCAAAACCAGAUGCAAAUGGGACAAAGUACAUGUACCUUGCUAGAGUACUUGUUGGAGAUUAUUGUGCUGGGAGGGUAGGAUUGGUCGUCCCGGACCCAAAGGAUGCGAAUACAACAGAUCUUUUUGACAGUGUGACUGAUAGUGUGGCGCAGCCAACCAUAUUUGUCAUUUUCAAUGAUAUCCAAGCUUACCCAGAGUAUCUUAUUACUUUUAAGAAAUGAUUCUUUAUUCUGUUCUUUCCUCCUGAAAUCUAUCAUAUUCUUUGAAAUAUUUCUGCUGAAACCCUCUGCUGCUGGUAUUUUUUGUAGUGUACCAUUUAGGUAUUGAUUGCUAAAUAAAAGAGAAUUGGUUUGGAUUAAUUGGGGGAUAAAAUGAUAUUCCUUGAAGCUGAAAAGAAAGCUGGGAAAGUCCAUCUCUUAAAAACAGGCAGGCUCAUGGGAAGAAGGCAGGCAUUGCUGGUAAGGUGGGUCCAAGCCAUUUAAGGCUUUUAAUGGAAAAAACACCUUAUAUUGUGCCCAGAAACACAAGGAGGUCUUUGAAUACAGAUAAAGUAGGUUAAAAGAUUUGUUCUUAUUGCAAUAGGAUGAAAAUCUUUGACCUAGAUGGCAUGAGAAUAUAGGUAGGUGAACGGACAAAAGAAUGGUAAAUGAGAUUUCAUCAAGUACAAAGUGAUAUUAAAGGGGAUGAAGGGAGACCUUAUCUAUACUGAUGGGAUGGGAAUGGACUAUAAUUCUCCAGGAAGGAUAUAAAUGCUGUUUUUAAUAGCUCUGAAAAAACCAUCCAUGGCAUGCAUGUGUAGAAAAGAGACUGAAAAUAGAAGCAUUAAUUUACA